AUGGGAAAAGGAACCGAUAAACUCUACAUAACGCACAGCGAGUGGGCCAGCGACGAUUUCGGCGCCUCUACCGGCUUCGCUUCCAAAAAUACUCUCCCUUUCCGCCGCCUUCCUUACAACUUCUGCUCCCUAUCGCUCCAGCCUUUCUCACACCCCGUGUGCACUGCCGAUGGAACAAUUUUCGAUCUCACGAACAUCAUCCCAUGGCUCAAAAAGCACGGGACAAAUCCCGUCACGGGGGGCAAGCUAGCCUACGGAGAGCUUCUGAAGCUUAACAUGCACAAAAACGACGAUGGCGAAUACUGCGACCCGGUGACAUUCAAAGUGUUCACCGAUAAUACUCAUAUCGUCGCGCUACGAGCAAGCGGUAAUGUCUUCGCUUGGGACACGGUUGAGCGACUGAACAUCAAGCCAAAGCAUUGGGAAGAUUUGGUCAGUGGCGAUGUAUUCAGUCGCAAAGAUAUAAUCACUCUGCAAGAUCCCCAUAACUUGUCAAACCGGGAUAUGAGUAACUUCAAAUACCUUAAGGAAGGGACCAGCACCCUGACUCCAGAGCAGGAGGCCAAGCGCGCAGAUCCACUGAGUAAUAUCAAUCUCUCCGCUAUAGGCUCCUCUUCAAAGAUUCUUGCCGCGAAGGCCGCCGUUGCCAAAGCCCGCGCUGCAAAAUCAUCAGACCCAAAUCACAACCCUGCCGUGCCGCGUUCCUCCAGCGCACUUUCGCGUGGCGGCGCAGAAUCGUCGUCGAAUACAUCUAACAGAGCGGCUGUCCCAUACAAUGCAGCUCGCCAUACCACUGGAAAAGCUGCUGCAUCAUUUACAUCCACGGCCAUGAGUGUCCACACAACCUCUGAGCGUGCGCUUCUCUCUGAUGAAGAGUACAUGCUCAAGCCCAAGAAGAUCAAGUACAAAGGUUAUGCUCGUAUCCAGACAAAUCUCGGAAAUUUAAACAUCAAGCUGCACACGGACUACGCCCCCAAGGCUGUCUAUAACUUUGUAAAGCUCUCUCAGAAGGGUUACUACAAUGGCGUGAAAUUUCAUAGAUCAAUAAGAAAUUUCAUGAUCCAAGGCGGUGAUCCCACAGGAACAGGUCGCGGGGGGGAAAGUUACUGGGGUAAGACUUUUGAUGAUGAAUGGGAAAGUCCGUUGCUGCACGACUCAAGAGGUGUUAUUUCAAUGGCAAAUAAAGGGAAGAACACCAACACAUCGCAAUUCUUCAUCACCUACCGCCCUGCCAAACAUCUCGAUAAGAAACAUACUAUAUUUGGUCAAGUAGUUGGCGGACUGGAGGUACUUGAUAAAAUGGAGACUACUCCUACUGGUGAGGGUGACCGACCUACAAAGGAUAUUGUUAUAAAUGAAGUGAUUGUUUUUGUGGAUCCGUUCGAGGAGUUCUUGAAACAGCAGGCAGAGGACCAGGAGAAAGAGAAGCAGGAAGAGGAGAAGAAGAGAGUAGGGACUGAGGAUGACAUGACUACAUGGACUGGGAAAAGGUUAAAGGAUGGUAGGAGAAAAGCUGAUGGGACCGAGGGAGUGACAGGGGUAGGAAAGUAUCUAAAAGCUGCAACAGUGAAGGCGGCAGCUGGUGAGGAAGAUGAGAUUGUGGGUGUGGUAGAAGACGAGUAUACCUAUGAGGAGCCAGUUAAGAAGAAGACAAAGAGUGGCGGAGGCUUUGGGAAUUUCGAUAGUUGGUGA